AUGAGUGACAGAAUAGUUUGUACCAAAUCAAUAUGAACACAUUAUUAGUAUUUGCUGCCAUGUGGAUUUACUUCGUAGAGGGGGACAAGGUAGCGCUGCCCUCGUUUCAGAAGCUGCGAUAUAAUUACCCAGGAUACCACAGUCAUAGGGGUAGAUUCACUCACCGGAUGCUGCUCCGGAUGAUUGGAUGUGAUACCGAGCAUUUACUUCACGACACAAGCGCUCUCAGGUUGUCUUUCACACUCAACAAGAUUGGAAACGAGCACUCCUUGGGACGCGAGCCUAUCAAGUUGUCAACUUAUGGCCAUGACAGUGUAGAGGGCAGCAAUGGCUUACAGUAUAUCUACCACCCUCUAGCCUACGGGCCAUUUUUGGUGGAUAAAUAUGGAUACCCAAACAUUUCAGUUCUCCAUCAAACCGAUCCCAUAGCAACCAAGGACAAGUUCUGGGGGAAACAAGGAAUAAUGGAAGUCAUUACCUACACCAAGAAAGGAAACAAUGCUAAGGGACAUAUUGUGUUGUGGGAUUGCGACCAUAUACAUCAGGCUAGAGACUGGAUAUCUCGUCAUACUCUGAUCACAGUGGAAUUCUGGGCUUCACCUGAUUCGGACUGCAGUCGGAUGAAAAAGAAAUCAGCAUCAAUAUCAAGACAAAAAGCAGUUGAUCCAAUUCGCCAUCUAAAGAGAAGACUCUUGAGCAAGAUAAAAGCCAAACAGUUAUCGGCGAGUAAUUACAAAUAUUUGAUAAAUAAAUCACAGAAGUACAAGUUGUUGAACAAGAUCCGAUCCAAAGGACAAAGAACUGGCUGAUUGACAGGGGGAUUGUAACAUUUAAAGAAUGCAUAAACUACUUGGAAAUAAUGUUCCUGUGGAGUUUAUGAAAUAAACAUACCUAGUCUAUUGCUACCCCAGCAGAUCUCGACAUAUGACGUCCGACGUUUCAUACAUGUCACGUGGAUGACGUCUUUCUGAUAAGAAAGAAAUAGACGAAUCUUGUAAUCUUCAUCAAGGACGAGUAUUCAUGCUUUCUGGAACAAGAAGAAUAUGACAUAACGAAAUUAUAACAUUGAAAACUUAUCCUUUCAAGCCAAGGAAUAUUGAACAAUGUAUAUGGACGCAUAUAUGGGUUUGAAAGGCAGAUCACAAAUCCUUUUUUGUUGUUUUACUGGAAUAUUUUCAUCAAUGAUCAACUGGAUGUCUUCGUGAUUGAUAUAAUGAUCGACAUCCCUUAUUUCAGGAAUACACACACUGACCAAAUGGACACUAUGCAAUGACUUUUGUGCAAUUUUGUUGUGUAUGAAAAAACAAUCAAUAUAAUUAAUCGCCAAAAUGAAAUAUAGAUAACACAUUAUUACAAUUUCAGUGAACGUUAAUUUUCCUUAUUGAAUAUCUAGUGUUGCAAUUAUCAUAAAACAACUUAAUCCGGUAGAAACUUGAUCGUUGCUCAGUGUGUAAAAUAUCAGCACUCAAAUAAGAUUUAUUUGAAAGCAUGUCCAAAUGAAAUACUUAAUUAAAAUGCAUGUUUACGUUACUUUAAUUUGCUUCAUAAAUUUUCCAUUUCGAACAAAUACAACAAUUUAUAUUUGUUCACAAAAGCUUUAUCGUAUGAUUAUCAGUCCCAUUAACCCGAUACUGAUUCAAUUGAUGCUUCUGUUAUCAUGAAUCUUAUUUUUGCUGAAAUGGAUAGAAAAUCGGUGCUUCCCAAUAGAUGCAUAUGAAUAUGUAUACGGUGCUUUAUAAGACAAAUGAAUAAACAUGAGAACCAAAUCGGUCGAUUAUAUUUACUGUUAAUUUGGAAUAAAUCAAUGAAUGCAUUGAUUUACAUUUGAUAUGAGCUUUAACUACACUGUACCUGUAAAUAAUGGCAUUACAAUGACAAUACCUGUGUUCAAUUGAAUUCAAUUAAGUGUUGUUAUGAAUAUCCAUAAGUGAUUAUUAGAAUAUUCAUAAAUAUUCAUGA